AUGGGAUCUUCUGAGACAAAAUCGCAGCAUGGCUAUAGAGUAAUUGAAGUAUUUGAAGGUUCUCCAGCACAUGAGGCAAAACUGCAACCGUUUCUUGAUUUUAUUGAAUCAGUCAACGGCACUAAUUUAAGAGAGUCUGAAAUCCCAUUCCAAGAAAUAAUAAAACUUAAUAUAGAUUGUGAAGUUACCUUAUCAGUCUACAAUUUAGCUGCAGACAAUAUCCGAGAAGUAAUAGUCGUCCCUAAGCAAUGAAAAGGAGAAGGAGCCCUCGGCAUCACCUUACGUUACGAAGACAUCCAGCAAUCACGUGGUCAAGCAUAGGUAGCAACCCCAACCCCAAAUAACAACAACAAAUAAUUACCUUACCCUACCCUAUGAGUUUUAUUGCAUCAUCAUAACAUUCUAUCGCUUCAUAUAGCAUUCUCUUUCUUCCAUUUGUGCCAUGGCACAACACCACAACACCACAACACCACAACUCCGCCCAGAGAGAACCUCUGCGCCCAGCAUCUCCCUUGGUUCGCCGACUCCAAAAAUCGGCCACACAAAUUUUCUUCAGGGCAGCAAGUCCGUGCUUCCCGACGUCAACUUCCGCUGCGGCGAUCUUCCAAUCAGCCCGUCCCGCAGGCAAUUCUGCGACCGUUUAGCAGCCGGACGCUUCAAUGACCAUCGCCGUUGUGCGCCAAGCCUCUUCCUCCAGCAGAAGGUCCUUCCUUUCCUUUUCAGAAAUCUGCCAUUCAAUUUCGUGCACGAUCUCCCUCAGUGAUUCCUGCUUGCCUUAGGUCUUCCAGUUGUUCUUCCCUUUCCAGUCUUCUGUGCUGACUGUCAGGUCUGCUCCCCCUCAGAAGGUCAUCGAACUCCAUCAAAGCCCUCUUGGUCUCCCCUAUCGACAGCAGCCAGGUCCUUCUCUUCGACAAGCCCCUUGAGUUCAGACGAAUCUGCAAUGAGCCAUGUGUGCAUUGUCAGCCUUUCCGAUGCCUCCCCUAGUAUGUCCCUUAGCCUCCGCCGGGCCGUUCUCCUUAUUUCAGCGUAUAGCUCACAUUCAUUGAGGACGUGCUUCUCUGUUUCUUUCACAUUGUAGAGCCUGCACUUGUCCUCCUCCCUCUCCCUUGGGUCCUUGGUCCUUAAGGCAGCAAGGGCCCGGACGGGGCCAGCUCCAUACCUUCAGGCAGCCUUGACUCUGGCCUCCCCAUCAUUUCUUGUUGAUGCCCCAGAAAAUAGCCUUCUUCUCCUCUGCUUCAGGGUCAUCUUCUACAAGGCUCUUCAGUUUAACAAAAUUGUUAAGCGUAACCUUCUCUUUGGCUCUCUCCAUUAGUAGUUUCCUCCAAUACUGCGUGGUUACGUUCUUCACCCUCUUCUUUCAGUCCAUAGCCAGCCAUUCAAUUGUGUCUUCCCCCCAAUAAGGGGAACCCCCAUCCCCCCUUUCACAGAUGGCACCCCACCCCCCCUCUCGGGUUUAUUCUAUAGAAGUAAUUGAUAGGAAAUAAGCAAAAUAAAUUAAAUAUAACCCAAUUAAAACACUAUAUUGAUAAAUUAAGUCCACAAAUUACUUUAUAUUUAUGAUUAAUUAAUAAAUUUAAAUUAAUUAGCAAUUAAUUAGAAAAUAUAUUAAAUUUGCUUUUUAUAUUUAUAAAUAUAAUGCCAAAGAUAUAGAUAAUGGCAUUAAUUAUUAAAUGAGCCAAGCACAACACAAUAACUAGCAUUAAAUUUAUUGAUUCAUACAUUAAAGCUAAUUUAAUGUCCAUUGUACAGGAUUGCAGGACUGAAUUGGUAGCAGGAUUCAAUAGUGGUAAUAAAAAUAGUAUUUGCUAUUGUCAAUUUUACUUUUGGAUCUCUAAUUCGACUUUUAGCCAUUGUUCCACAAAGUUCAUAAAUAUAUGCAGGAUAUAUUGCUAAUUAAUACCAAAAAUCAUUAUUAUGCUCGCUAACAAAUUUUCAUAUGUGGUGUGCUUAGUAGUUAUAGGAAAUUCUCACCUCAUUCCACCUACUCCUUAAUCGAUUGUGCUACGCUAUGUGGAUAUUGUAUAAAUCAGUAAUUUUGAAUAUUUAAAUAAUAAUUUAUUUAUUACGUCUGCUCUAGCAUUUGUCAUAUAUUUAUGCUAUAUUAAGGGGGGGUGAGGGUGCCAUCUGUGAAAGGGGGGUGGGUGGUGCCAUUUUUUAGGGGGGUGGGGGGGUGGGGGUACCACUUUUAGGGGGGGUGGGGGUGUGGGGUUGCGACAUAUGCUUGACCAAUCACGCUCAAAAAUCCUUCAUGUUACAAAAGUUAUAGACAAUCAGCCUGCCAAGCUUGCAGGAAUAAUCCCAUUAGAAGACUAUAUAUUAGGCAGCAUAGACUUUGAUAUGCAAGAUAUAGACACACUUGAAGCUUAUGCCUCAAUGAAGCCUGAAGUCCAUCUGCAAGUCUAUUCCUCCUCUACAAAGACAGUCAGAAUGGUUACAUUAAAAACAGGCUACCCUGAAUCCGAGCCAAGGCUAGGCCUUGAAAUUGCUGUUGGAGCUUUGCAUGGGCUUAAUUAA